UUUUUCGCACCCUUGCUGAGACUCUUUCUGCCAUUUUCCGCCUUCCAGGGUAAUGCGCCGUGCAUCUGCCCACUUGUGCAAAAGCAUCUUAAGCUACCUGCUUGAGGUGCUCAGCAAACCGUUGCCACUCUGGGAUGUCUCUGCCAUGGCAUUCCUUGUGGAGCUCCUAGAUUGCCUGGACUUGAGUGACUGUGGUGACAGCCUAAUGGAGAUCUUGUAUAAGUACCUGUGGUACAAUUCCACAGAGAUGCAUCACCAGGUUCUCAGGGCUCUCCUCCUGCUAAAGGACCGUCCCUCCAUGGCCGAAAGAAUUCAGAGCCUGACAGGAAGACUAGUGCACCUCCUGUGGGACUUGGACAGUGACGUGGCCAGGAUGAGCACUGCUCUUCUGAGCCAUAUUUUCCUGAAAGAAGACACCCCAAUAUCCUGGCGCAGGGCCCUGCAGCUGGCUGAGCCGCUCCUGAAACUCCUGGACAAUCCUGAUAGCCACGUGCAGCUGCUCUCCAUGUCUCUCCUUCAAAGAGUGAUGUCUUCGGCAGAAGAAGAAGGAAGAAAGCCCCUGAAGGAACGAGUGUACCAGAGCCUGCUCCCACUCUUUUUCCACUGCCAAGAUGAGAAUCGGCAUGUGGCAGAGGCCUCUCGGACAACGCUCCUUCGCGCGGCUGACUUCCUGAAGAGGCCAGACCUGGAGAAAGCUGUGAGGAAGGAGAAGCUGUGGAAGUUUGCCAAGCUCGUGGUAAGGACAGCCUGGAAGUCCCAGCCUCAAGCUACAGAAGCCCCCUGGCCCCGGUGGUCGGUGUGUGGGGCUGGCAGCUGUGCCCCUGCCCACUGCUGCAGCCGGGGGCCGCACGGCUUCUUCUCCAGCCGCCUGUGGCCCCGAACCGGGUGCCGAUGGAGCCCCAGCCCAGCGGGGCUGCGGGCCGGGCCG